AGGAGGAAAAUGGAGUUUUCAUCUCAACAACAAAAAAUCAACAAAAGGAGAAGCAUGGAGGGACUUCCACCUUGUUUGUCCUUUGACUCCAGCGGUCUCCUGUCUGAAAAUCAGUUCCUGUGUUCUAUCUGUCUGGAUGUGUUCACUGAUCCCGUCUCCAUCCCAUGUGGACACAACUUCUGUAUGAUCUGUAUUAAAACAUGCUGGGGUGACAGUCAGCAGUGUAACUGUCCAUUAUGUAAAGAGAUAUUCAACAAGAGACCAGAACUAAAGGUCAAUACAACACUGAGAGAGGUGGUGGACCACUUCAAGAAGAAAAGUGUUCUAGAUAAACCUGAGGUUCUCUGUGAUGUCUGCACUGAAGUAAAACAGAACGCACUGAAAUCCUGUCUGGAUUGUGGUCUGAGUUUCUGUAAACCUCAUUUAGAGCCUCAUACAAUUGCAAAACACAAAAGACACAAACUAAUUAACCCAGUGGAUAACCUGGAGGACUACAUCUGCCAGAAGCACGAGAGACCGCUGGAGCUGUUCUGUAGAGAUGAUCAGAUGUCUGUGUGUCAGUUCUGCACUGAAACUGACCACAAGAAUCACAACACUGUUCCUAUAGAGGAGGUGAGUGGACAGAAGACGACACAGUUGGGGAAGACACCGCCAGAGGUGCCACAGAUGAUCCAAGACAGACUGAAGAAGAUCAAAGAGAUCAAACACUCAGUAGAGAUUAGAAAAAGAAACACUGAGAAGGAGAUUUCAGACAGUGUUGAAGUCUUCACUGCUCUGAUUCGCUCCAUUGAGAGAAGUCAGGCUGAGCUGCUUGAGGUGAUGGAGGAGAAGCAGAAAGCAGCAGAGAGGCAGGCUGAAGAGUUCAUUAAAGAUCUGGAGCAGGAAAUCACUGAGCUAAAGAGGAGAGACACUGAGCUGGAGCAGCUCUCACACACUGAGGAUCACCUCCACCUCCUACAGAUUUACCCAUCCCUGUGCAGACCCCCACACACCACCAACUGGACUGAUAUCAGUGUUGAUCCUCAUCUGAGUGUAGAGACUGUGAGGAACACUCUGUCUCAACUUCAGAAGAGUCUGAAUAAAGAGCUCUCUAAAACUCUUAAGGAGAUUGAAGAAUCAGAACUGAAGAGGAUUCAGCAGUAUGCAGUGGAUGUAAUUCUGGAUCCUGAUACAGCUCAUCCCUAUCUGAUUCUGUCUGAUGAUGGAAAACAAGUAAAAGAUGGAGACAAAAAAAUAAAUCUUCCUGACAACCCAAAGAGAUUCACCAGAUACAUCAUGAUCCUGGGAAAGGAGGGAUUCUCCUCAGGAAGAUUUUAUUAUGAGGUGCUGGUCAGAGGGAAGACUGCAUGGGAAUUAGGAGUUGCCAGAGAGUCCAUUAACAGGAAGGGGGAGAUUAGACUGGACACAAAGAAUGGAUUCUGGACUGUGUUUCUCAGUAAUGGAAAUGACUAUUAUGCUGGUGCUGAUACUCCAGUCUCCCUCUCCCUGAAAGAGAAGCCGCAGAAGGUGGGGGUGUUUGUGGAUUAUGAGGAGGGUCUGGUCUCCUUUUAUGAUGUGGAGGCCAGGUCUCAUAUCUUCUCUUUCACUGGUCAGUCUUUCACUGAGAAACUCUAUCCAUACUUUAACCCUAUGCCUAAUGAUAGAGGUAAAAAUUCAGCUCCACUGAUCAUCUCACCCGUAUCAAACACUGAAUAAAUAUUCAUCAAUAACUGUACUGAGAGCAACAGAAGUAAUUAUAAGAAAUCAACCACACUUUAUUCUGUCUUUAGCAAUACAUUUUGUUUUUUGCACUUUUGAGACACUAUAGUUUACUGCCAACUAAAUUAAUAAAAAUUUAGAUCUGAUGUACUUCUCAGCAGUGUAAUUUAUACAUACUGAAGGUUGUAUUGAAUUAGGUUUGUUGUUACCUUUAAAUGUAAAUAAACAGACUACCGUUUUACCUUUUGGUCAAAUAGACCCUUAUAAUCUGUUGUCCCUGCAAUAUAAAUAUGGUAAAGGUUAAAUCUGUCUAUGCUAUUUAUUCUUGUGCUAAUAUGAAUUUCAGACAUAUAUUUGCAUACAUUGCCAUUAAGUGGAUUUGAUCAGAAAUAUACUUGUUUGUUACGGACAGUUUAUAUGGCUUUUCUGUAAAUGUGUUACUUGGUAAAAAAAAAGGUGUGAGGAGGUCAUACAGCAAGCUUUUAUUAAAAUUGUAAAAAUAGAGAUUAUCUUAAUAACAUAAUCUUUCAAAAUAUUUAAUUAUACAUGGUAUAACAUAGCUUUUUGCACGUUAGUUAGACACUUUUUCGUUCAGUAGGUGUGUUUUUUAUUUUUCUGCCCCAGCCCUUCAAACAACCUGAGCCAACCAUCCUUGUGGAAAAAUCUGAAUGUGUUUUAUAAUCUGCUGGCUUGCAUUGAUAAGAUUCUUCUUUAAAUCAGAAUAAAGAACACUUAAAUGACUAAUACUGAGUAAAUUUACAUUAAAUAGAUCUCAUAGUGAAAAGAUAUACAUUUAUAAUGUGUCUCUAAUAACUGUGUAGUUACACAUUCACAAUCCACAUAAUAACUACUCCUAAAGUGCAUUGUUGUGCAGAUUUCAUACAGGUGU